AUGCCAACGCCGCCGACACAUGCCGUGCACCGCUACGAGUACAAAACCGACAACUGCACCGCUGUGGGCAACAUCGAGCCCAACGGCAUCUCGCUGUACGUGACCUACAGGAACAACUCGUGUGUGCGCACAUCGCCGACCAAGUCGGUGCUAUUCUCGGCCAACGAGACCGUCGUCAUGGAACAGACGUUCAACACCAUCAACUGCACCGGCAACGCCAUCAAGGAGGAAAUCUUCAUCGUUGUGGUCGUCGCAGCCCUUGCGGUCAUGGUCCAUGCCGACUUUUACCGGUAUGAGAAGUUUAUCGGAGGUGGCUGCUCCAACCAAAUCACCACAUGGGUGCGGCACUUGACAACGACGUGCUCCGCGACGUUCUGCGAGAACAACUCGGGCAGCUACCUCUCGAACAAACUCGAUUGUCCGUCGGCGCUUCCGACGCCUGAUGCGCACACGGUCUACAGGUACGAGUACCUCACCACCGACUGCACCGAUGCCAACGCCAACAAGCAGGGUACCCAGCUGUUCAUGAUCCACGCAAACAACACGUGUGUCCAGCAGACGGCCUCGACCUCGGUUCAGUACUUUGCCAACGCCACGGUCGUGAUGGAGCACACCUACGACUCGACCGACUGCACCGGGGCUGCCUCGGAUGAGAAGGUCUUCAUCGUCGGCGGGUGCCACACCAAGACCGGCACGACCAAGUCAUACAUGGCGUACUCGCCCAUCAUGGCAGGUGGCAACCCGACGUCGCCGCCGCCGCCGCCGGCGUCCAACUCGACCGGGACCGCGACUUCGGCUGCUGUGGCGGCUGCCCCCACCGCUUCGAUCGCCAUCGCCGUCUUUGGCGCUGUGAUUAGCCUUGCACUUGCCCUUGCGUAA